CCCCCGACCAUUUUGAACCCAAACCCCUUCCCCUCCCCCCUCGACCUCCCCGAAACCCCCCACUUCUCUCGAACCUAGGGUUAGGGUUUCGUCACCCCCGUCCCCGAUUCGAGCCAAUUCGCCUCGCCCCCCGCCGCGCCAUGGCCGCCGGCCCCCUCGUGGUGGACUUCCCCUCCAUGGGCACCGCCCUCUGCUUCAGCAGCCUCGAGUCCCUCCUCCGCGACUCCGCCUCGGGCUUCCUCGCCGCCGUCUCCGCCGCCCCGGCCCCCGGCGCCGCCGACCUCACCAACUUUCACCGCGUCUUCUCCCGGGUCCUCAGCGCGUACCCGGACCCACCGCUGGAGGCCGUCUGGUUCUUCUCCGCGCUCUCCUUCCACGACCGCCCCGACGACCUCCGCUCCCUUCUGCAGCUCCUCUCUGCCUUCGCUGCCUCCUCGCCCGGCGCCGCCAAGCCGCUCGCGCUGCUGGCCCCCGUCGUCUCCGAGCUUUUCCACUCCGACAAGACGCGCAGGGAGACCGAGGCCCUCGUCGAGGCCGUGCUCAGCUACAUCAGCAUCUGCAGCAGCCGCCCAGCCGCCGCCUCGGCUGAUGGGGCCAGAACCGACGCCGGGAGCCUGCUGCCUGCCUUUGGGGAGCUCGUCAAGGUGUGGAGCGUGCGGCACUCGAGGGACAGAUGCCCGUUCCAGGUGCUGUUCCCGCUCGCCGGGGAGGAGGCCAGGCAAGAGCUGAUGAAGGAAGGCUGCAGCGUUGAGUACCUCGCCGGGGUGGUGGUGGCUGAGGCGUUCCUGCUCAGGCUCUGCCUCAAGGUGCAGAAUGCAACAGGUGUAUCUCGCGCUGAGCUGCAGAAGGAGCUCAGGAUCUGGGUGGUCAGCUCCAUCCCGGUCUUCCAGAACCAGCACUUUUUUGGUGUCCUGCUGAACAUGCUCUUGAAAUCUCCGCUGCCUGUUUACUCACUACUGAGUGCUGAUGAUGAAAUUUUGGUGAGAGAUGUCCUUUAUGAUGCUCUGAUCUUGGUGGAUUAUUCUUUCAUUAACAAUGUUUCUGGAGUUGAUCAAGCUGACCUCUUGCCUAUAAAUUUGUCGAGAUUGAUUAUCACUCUUGAUGCGGUCAAUGAUGCCAGGAGGAAAGGUGAUCAAGGGAGAGCAAUGUCAUUUGUCAACGCCUUCUUGACCUCCAACGUUCCCAAUUACCUCAUCAAGUGGGCUACUUGUCAAGCUGGCUUUGGUGCACUCAACAGACCAAUUGCCAAUACUCCCCAAGCUCUUCUCCAGUGGCUUGUUGACCUUGAAGAUAAGGGGCUCAAAGUGUUUGGAGAUAGCAGUUCUUGGGUUAAGGGGAGGCUUAUUUAUGAUGAGGUCAAGAAUGGCUAUGGGAACAGGAUGGGUCAUUCAGACGCAGACCUUUUCUUCAUUGAUAAACAGAGUGGUGGGGAGGUUAUGGACACCAAAGGCAGCGAGGAUGAAGAAGCUGUGGGGAUGGAGACCUCAGGUAAUGCUUUUAUGGCUGCUGCUCAGUUGAUGAAGGUGGAGACUAACGGCAUGCGGAAGAGGAAGGGCUGUGGAAAUGAAGAUGCUGCUGCUGUGAAGUUUGUGAAGUACAAGGUAGAAGACAACUCAGUCAAGGACUACUUCUCGUCAGCGAACAAUGGCAUGAGCAGCGGUAGUGAGGUAGAGAACCCGCAGUCUGAUGAUGAGAUGCAAGAAUCAGACUGAUGAUAGAACGAGAUCACCUGCUAAUGCUUACUUGGGAGAGUUGCUUUAGAGAGUUUCUUGGACAAGUGCCUCUUCAGAGCCUGGACCAUGUUGUUUUGGAUGCCGCUUCUUAAUGAUGUCGUGCAGUUACCCUGUUCAGUUUAUGUUCUAGGAUAAUAAUCAGCAACAGAGGGUCCUGUCUCCGGCUAGGCUUUCGGAUAUAGUAGUAACAUGUUAGCUGACCUGAGUACUUGACUUGGCGCAUGAUGUGUGCUUUAUGCUAUAUAUCGUGUUCUUUGUAAUGUGCUCAAAAUGUAGAUUUGCUUCAAGUCUGUAUUAGAUGUGUACUUUAAUGUUACCCACGGAACCACUUGGCACCAGUGAAAUCUUCAACCAGUAUAUCAUGGCUUUUGUGUUGCCUUAUGUGAAA